AUGUUCCUCUCUAAACUCCCAAAUGAAGUCGUCCUUCUAAUCGCCGCCCAUCUGGUCUGCUACAGGGAUCUCAGGGCCCUCGUGCUGUCCUCUCGUAAACUUCAUCAUCUCCUGAAAGCACGUCUGAGCAAACACAGCUACCAAGCCUGCCAUGGAGAUGCACUAUGCUGCGCCGCAGCCCAGGGUGAUGAGGGUCUCGCCAGGGAAUGUCUAAAGAGGAUGACAAUCGCCGCCGAGUCUUUCCAAGGUCCCCGUGUGAGCAAUCCGUACAAACACCCUCUAUGCACCACCAACUGGAGAGUCGAGGAUUCGGUACUUAUUCAGCGUGCGCUGCUGGUAGCCGUGCAAGCUGGUUCAAAACGCGUAGUCAAUCUUCUUCUCGACCACGGCGCGCAGACCAUGUUCCGGGGUCCGAUGGGCUACAUCAACAACAUCCCACCGCUUUAUCUCGCCGUGCAGAACAGUCACGAGGACCUUGUGGACUUUCUAUGUGAGAGGGGAGAUCCAUGCUACAGAGAGAAUACGUGUCCGCUCCUUUGGGCAAUCGAGCAUAAUCAGCGCCGGAUCAUUCGCACCCUCCUGCGCCACGAAUCGUGCGAUCAUUGCUGGUAUGUGCUGCCUAUGGCCAUGAAUCGCGGAGAUACGGACGUGUUGCACUUCCUGCUGUAA